CGCCGGGCCCGGAGCUCGCCGCUCAAACAGCCUCCAGUCGGCGCCGCGCCAUGGACUCCCUGCAGGCGGAGGUCCGCGCCUUGGAAGCCGAGAUCGCGGCCCUGCGGCGGGCGUGCGAGGAGCCUCGGACACCGGAGGAAGACGCCUCGCGAGCGCUAAAAUCACUUCAAGAAAUACAGCAAUCUGAUUCUGGAGCAUGGGCCUCUUCAAAAGAUCUGAAAGGUCAUCUUGGACACUUAGAAUCAGAACUUCUUUUUCUAAGCACACUUACUGGCAUCAAUAUAAGGAGUUAUUCCAUGAGAACGGAGGACCUAACAAGCACUGAGAAGACAGAACAGAGUAUAAAGAAAGUUCUACAGAAACACAGGUUAUCAGGAAAUUGCCACAUGGUUACAUUUCAACUUGAAUUUCAGAUUCUGGAAAUCCAGAGUAAGGAGAGAUUAUCUUCUGUUAUUACUGACCUCAACAUAAUAAUGGAGCCCACCGAAUAUUCAGAAUUAAGUGAUUUUGUGUCUAGAGCAGAAGAUAGAAGAGACCUGUUGAUGUUUUUCCAAAGCCUACACUUUUUCGUGGAGUGGUGUGAGUACCGUCAGCGCACGUUUGAACACUUCAAGGAGAAGUACCCGGAAGCUGUGCGCCUCCCGGAGGGGGCCGUCUCCAGCUGCAUGGCCGUGCGGAGCCCCCGCGAGCCAGGGUUUGAGCUCAUCAUCGUCUGGAGGAUACAAAUAGACGACGGAGGAAAGGUCUUGCCGAAGCUGGAUCUUCUCACCAAAGCGCCGCGGCGAGCCUUGCAGCUGGACGAGACCCGUGUCCUGGAAACGGCUCCUCGCGGCUUCCGGGCGCUGCUGGGCGUGCUGGGCAUCGAAGCCGCUCUGGAGAGCCUGGUCAAGUCGCUCGGCGUGGGGGAGGACCACUAGCUCCUGGCAAACACGCAGUUUAUACUGGUGCGGAAUGCUCUCGUAGGGCUUGAGGUCGAGGUCCAGCACGGACACCGAGAAGGCGAACCUGGACCGCGACGAAGCCACGACAGGCCUCUGAUCCGAGCUGGAAGCGAAAGAGCAGCUUCAGGACACACGGCCCCAAACGCCUCCCACGGUUUGCAGCACGCGCCCGGCCCCAGGCAUCUCCAGGCCCUCCGUCCACGCCCGCGGACGGGUGCCCCCCAAACCCCGGGGGUGGAGCCGAAUGCGGGGACAGCAGCGUUGCGCGGAGCAAGGGGUCACCAACCAGAAGGAAAGCAGAGCGGAGACCUUGCCUUCCCUCAGCCCGGGGAGAUGCUGAGAGCAGGCCUCCCCUCACGUCUCAGGCCGUGAACUCAGGUCAUGGGUUCGAGCCCCGUGUCAUGCUCCCCACUGAAAACGACCCUGCUUCGGUUUCUCUCUCCCUCUCGCUGCUCCUCCCCCACUCACACAUGCUUUGUCUCAAAUAAACUUAAAAAACAAAACA